UACAUGAAGCGAUCAUUUAGUGUAUUGUAACCUUAUUGCAGCACUGCUUUACCGUUACGCUAAAUUAAGAAAAUUUAUUGUGAAGUAGGUGUAAUAAUCCGUAUAAGGUAAGAAUACUGAUAGAAGGCAAACCUGUAAAAUGGGGAUCGAAAAAAAGAAGUCAACGUUCCCAGAACUUAGUGCAAAUGAAAAGAAUCUUCUAGAAGCCGUUACCCAAGGAAAUGUAGCGCAGGCGCAGAAACUAUUAUUAGAAAAAGAUGUGAAAAUCAACUGUCUUGAUGAGAGUGGCAUGACUCCCCUACAACAUGCUGCAUUCCGAGGCAAACUGGAGGUCGCAGAGUUGCUGAUGAACUAUGGAGCCAAUGUGAACUCUAGUGAGCAUGAGAACGGCUACACUACACUGAUGUUUGCAGCACUUUCAGGUAACACAGCAAUGACCAGGCUAGUCCUGGAACAUGGCGCUAAGAAGGACCCAGUGAACUCAGUGGGUCGGAAUGCAGCACAGAUGGCAGCUUUUGUGGGACAACACCAGUGUGUGGCCGUAAUCAACAACUUCUUUGACAAGUCAGAUCUGGAGUACUACACAGUGCCGAGAGGCCAAGAGACUGAGCCCAAACUGCCCAUGUUGCUUGUUCCUGCUCUACUGAAGCUCCUAAACAUGUCCAGCAUGCACCCUGUCAAGAUCUCCAUGCAUGUGCAAGACAACCCAGAGCUGCUCCGUGACAGCUACAAGGUGUGCAAGGUGCUCGAUCUAAUAGCGGAGAAAGCUAUGAAGGCUCGGGAACCAGACGACAUCGUGGCCAUGAAGGCACACUACUUUUCUACAAUUAUCCGCAAGGCAAAAGACUGCAAGGACCUUGACACCUGGAUUAAAUCUCUGUUACGGGGCCGUGAUUGCGACUGCCACCCCGAGUUUCAGGACCAGCUUAUCAGACAGACCCUCAAGGAGUUCCCAUUUGUGGACUCCAUACUGCUACAGAACAUGGUCCGUCAACUGGCAACUACCAAAAUUGGUGAAAAUCCCACGUCGCUGAACAUUCUAAACCAAGGUAUCAAUGGACAGAAGUUUGGCUUUGACAAGGUGGAGGAGUGUUUCACCUGUGGAGAGUUGGCUGCAGAGAGAAAGUGCUCUGCCUGCAGAAUGGCCUUUUAUUGUAAUCAGAGCUGUCAAAAGAUGCACUGGUUCACACACAAGAAAUUCUGCAAAAAACUGGCUGAGGAGUAUGCACAGGAACUUCAAAAGGCACAAAAACUUGCAGCUGAGCAGGAAAAGGCACUUGAAGAGCAAAAGAAACUUGAGUCAGAAGCGGCUGCAAAAGCAGAACAAACAGUCAGCGAUACAAAGAAAGAAGGUGCAGAGGUGACUGCAAAAGACCAAGUUGAAGAGUUGGAAAAGGCUACGUCUGAAACCACUAACCAAGUAACAGGGGCAGAUACGGCUGAAUCGUGAACAAUGUUGCGCCAGUUUAUUUUGAAGUUGUAUUUUAUGUUUACUGUUUACUAAUGUGUUCAUAGUUUCACUUGUUAAACUAGAGCACCUAUACUGGUCAGAAGAGAAUGAAUUCAAAGCUUACCUGAGUACAAAGUGCUCAUGGUGAUCUAUUGUGGUAGGUCGCUCUCUGGCUUCGUUUGCUGUGAACAAUUUGCUUUAAAUGACAUCUCCCGAACCGCUUGACGUAUUGUCUCAUGAAACUUCACAGGAAUGAUCUUUCAAAGUUGUUCAUAUUGUCUCCUGUCUGCUGCAUUUGAGGGUUACCAGAGUUAAAAAGAUUUAUAAACAGUAGGAACUUAAAAAAUCUUAUUUUCUUAAUCCCCAAGGGGUUCAAUAUUUGUAGCGUAACAUCAUCUAGUGGUCCUUUAAUAAGUUUGUUCAAAUCAUGCCCUUGGGGUAAAAACAAGCUGGCCACGGGGUCACAAGAUCUAUAAAGUCUUAUAUAAUGAAUGUAAAAUUUAUCACACAGUGGCCAUCGCCUUAGUUGUUUUCAGAUAGUGCCCCUGUGGUCCAAAUAGGUGUGCAGGUGAAAUUCUUUAAAUUCAACUUCUACUUUGUUUUUAACCUUAAACUCUUCAGUUUGUUCAAAUUAUACCCCUAAGCAGUCCUACACAGUCGAGCGAUUUAGGGCUGUCUUGGCCCUCUUGUUAUUAACUUCUGAAUACCGUAAUUGCUCUUAAGUUUUUGUACACUCUAAGUUUUCGGACACCCUAUUUAGUAGCCAAAAUAAUUAUUUAUCGUGAUACUUAAUUUUCGGACAUACGGGUUUUUGUCCAUAAUAAAUGUAUCUUAAUUUUCGGACAGUAUAUUUUACCGCACUAGUCUACAGACUCCUUCCUUGUUUUCGUUCAUUUUGUGUCACUUUGAUCAUGGAAUUUUACAACAGAUAAAGGUCAUAAAACCUGACGGAUGCAAGUUGCUCGAGGGCAAUGGACCAUUACAUUUGCAUUAUUGGGUAAAUAACCAUGCAUACAGGUAGAAAGUAAUGGAUUCACCUGACCCAACAGCAUUUGAAACAGUGUGGUCCUAUUAAGGAAGCAUAAUAUUUCUGAAAUUACGGUUUUUUUACUACUUUUCUUUGUUUUUAAGGUCAUUUAGAUUGACGAACAUUUGAGAUUGUUUUUAUUAUUGAUGCACUUGGCAAAUACAGGUGACGAGGUGCGUGGGAAAAAGUAGUCCCGGUUAGGCAGUUGAUGACCUCAUUUCGUGCCGUUGAUUAUAGCCGUGCCGUUGAUUAUAGCCGAAAUUUAAUACACACGGCUUUAAUCAAUUGAAUUCGCUGUAAAAGUGGGAAAAUUUUUGUUCUGUAUCAUUUCAGGCAUGAGUUAACAAAGCUGAUAAAAAUAAUUAUUUUUAAGUGUCCGAAAACUUAAGAGUUAUUACCGUAGGUGGGUUAAAUGUAAAAAUAAAUAAACCAUAGCUUAAUUUACCUGUAAGAUCCUUUGUGUACGAUUUUGUUGAUGAAAUAAUAUCUUAUAGCCAUCUUAACAUCAAUCCAUUCUAAACUUAUAAUAUUCCUCAAAGUAAAAUACACAUAUUUAUAGCUUAACCAACACUUUGGUUGUUAUGUAACAAUCUGUUGAUAUUGGCUAAAAUCUUUAAAGUCCAUUAACACUCAAAAUCAACAAUGGGCAGCGUCAGAAACAUGACGUAGUUCGCAUGAACACGUUAUUCUUCUGAUGCUGCACGAAGCCUGUCUUGCGUCCGCUCCUUAAAUGUUCGGAGAUCGUGGCGGGGAAAUUCACAUGAAAUAUAUUGUGGUAUAAAAAAACACGAGCAUUUUGUAUCUCGUUAAAUGUUACCAUACCACAUCUAGCGUUGACAUUUUGGCUAUUGCUACACUGAUUUGUUAUGGGUUAACUUAAUUUUACGAAUUAUUUUGGGAAAUAUUCAUUGAUUUUUAGUAUUUAUGUUACUCUAAUCAUCAAAUGAACAAAAAGUUUGCUCAAAGACCUCUCAAAGUUCUGUAAAUAAAAUUGUUAGAAAUUAUAUAAAUAAUUGCAUACAUUCCAAGACUAAGAAAUAAAUAACAAAUUGGAACAUAUUAACCUUUUGAGAAUAUCACCCAGUAAUGGCUGUAAAAUGAACAGAAAAAGCCUUUCAUAAUUGUGCUCUAUCCCACAUGAUUAAACAUUAUACUUGUUUGUAGAUACCUGUAGUAGAAAUGUCAAUGUGCUGUUAAUUGUUCCUGAAAGUCAGAAAUUGCAUGUUGGUUUAUCUAAUUUAAAGAUAAUUAUUGUAAGACGCAAUGUUUUGUGUGGUCUGUUAAAUGCACAUUUGUUUUAUGUUUUCUGUCCAGUUUCUUGAUCUAAUUAUACCCCCACUAAACGUAGUUUUUGUGUG